CAGGAUGCUUCCUUUCUCCCUCCCGAGAAGGCUCGUAAGAAACCUCAUAUCUUCAUUUCUGACUCUUUAUAACACUCCUCCAAACACUCUUUUUUUCCACUCAAUAUUCUCUUAAAAUUUGAACAUCUAUAGUUGACAUUAAUUAGUUUCUCCAACAAAAAAUCUUUUGUUUGAUUAGAAGAAGAAAAAAAAUGGCUUCAGUACCACAAGAGACUUGUAGCUCACUUGAUUCAAUUAGGGAGCAUCUUCUUGAUGAUGAUGUAGCUUUUAUGGAACAUUACUGUUGUGAAUCUAUGGACCAGACUUGUUUCUCUUUUGAAACAACUCAAAGUUCAAAUCUUGAUGAUAUAUCAAGCUUCUUAAGUACCACCUCAAAAACAGAGUUUGAUAGUUUAUUCGAGUUUGAGACAAAACCACAUGUGUCAGAUAUUAUUACUAUGAACUCGAAUCCUCCGAAUCAAAGGAACUUCAAAGAACGCAAGCCUUCUCUUAACAUUGCGAUACCCAUGAAGCCUGUUGUUCAGAAAGUGGAAGUUGACAGCGAGAAAAAGCAUUACAGGGGAGUUAGGCAGAGACCAUGGGGGAAGUUUGCGGCGGAGAUUCGUGACCCGAACAGAAAGGGGUCUCGGGUUUGGUUAGGAACGUUCGACACGGCCGUGGAUGCGGCCAAGGCAUAUGACAGGGCGGCGUUUAAACUUAGAGGCAGCAAAGCAAUAUUAAAUUUCCCUCUUGAAGUAGCUAACUUUAAGCAACAGAAUCAUGAUGUUGAGAUUCCACAGCCAGUGAAGUCAUCAGGCAGUAAAAGGGUGAGAGAAAUAGAGGAAUUAGUUAUGAAGAAGGAAAGGAAAAUAGAAGAAGAAAGAGCAGUCCCGCUGCCGGCGGCAUCUCCAUUAACACCGUCAAAUUGGUCGAAGAUUUGGGACAGUGGAGAUGGAAAGGGCAUUUUUGAGGUGCCGCCAUUGUCUCCACAUAUGGUUCCCAGUUUGUGAUGAUAUAUAGUCAGCAUUGGGUAGAUGAAGGAUAAAUAUAUGGCACCUGACUGAAAAAUGUCUGAGGUGAUUUCUCAAAAAACAAAAAGGGAAAUUUGGAUUGAAUAGGAAAUGGAGAAGAUGGUGGGUGUGUGUAAGGUCUUUGUUUUAGGUGAAAACGUCAGUCAGAAAUCUGUUCGAUUGGUUUAUUCAUUUGUAUGUAUGCGUGUAUAAAUUGAUUGAAAGCAUAGACCUAGUAAAGAGUCAGCAAGAACUAUGUAUGCGUGUAUAAAUUUAUUACUCAACUCCUCCUGUUUAUAUUUAUGUAUUUUAAUUAUUUUUUUAAGGAAAAUGUGACCAUCUA